AUGUUUGGACAUCGAGCCUGCUUCGGGCCAGGAUUCUCUCUGGGGCGUUGUUGCAUCGGUUCGACGGCCAGCACAGUAGCAGCUGACUUAGCAGAGGAGAGAGCAACCUGGGGAUCGCUCGGCCAAAGCUACCACGCCCAGUGCAGAGGCCAGCCGCAUGAUCCAUUUGGAGUCCUUUGCAUUCCUCAGUGGUCCUCAACACGCUAUUACAAACUCCUUGGACAUGUGUUAUAUUGCGGCCCCAAGGUGAAUGCUUUUGCCUACAACUUGCUCAUGAUGAUUGGUUUGCAUUAUGCCGUUUCCGUGCAUGUUCCUCCAAAGGAGGCAGAGCAGGACAACGCCAUGCUUUUAUCAGCUUGUUUCCAAUUUUACGACCGACGCCUGCGUGCCAAGAAUUUCCGUGCGCUGAAGGGAUCUGUGGUGCUAAUAUCUCCCCUUCUCAAGGACUUCAAAGUCCUAUUUGAGGGAAUUGGUCUACAUUCUUUGGCGAAUCUCAUGCAGUCUGAUCCACGUGCUAAAGUGGUUGGGCUUCCCACAAUGUCAAAUGCGACUUGGACAUGGCCGAUUUUGCGUCUACGCCAUGCGUAUUGGAAACUGGGUGCAGCACGCUAUCCGGUGGGGUAUCGCGCCUGGGCUGACCCGACGGGAGGUGAUAUCUCACACUGCUUUGGUGGGGACACCACCAGCGGCACCCGGGUGUACAAUGCCUCGGCCUUAAGGGUUUUGCUGAAGGGAACUGUACAAGGCGCUCCCUGGAGCUCUCUAGGUUCUGCCUGGAUGGUUGGACUGGAUAUGGAGCUGAAGAGAGCAGGAGGUACUGCUUUGACGUGCUUGACCUCUGGUGCUACACUUUUGCAAGAGGAAUCCUACUUGCGCUUCACUGCCCUAGAAAGAUCUUUUGCAAAAGCCUACAACAUUGAGGCUGCUCGCUUUCACCCCAACGGACCUGUGCAGUUGAGGUGCAUCAGAGAAGGAACUGAAUUGGAUGCAAUCUCUGCGAAUGUGGCUCGGAUGGUCGCCCCUUACUGCAUACGCUUGGCCUUAAAGCAUGCCAUGCGGCGUUUCAAGGAGGUUUGGGAGGCCUUUGGCGCGGGGAGAGCAACUCUUUUGCCAGUCUUUGGAAGCGCUUUGAGCCUGCUACGUCUUGGAGGCACCACCGGCGAGGUGAUGCCCUGGGAUCACGACGCCGAUCUCAUGGCAAGGUUGAAUGGCCUUAGCAUGAAGGAGUUCCGAGAACGCCUACAAGCUGGUGGCUUUACGGUGGAGAAAGGGGAGAGUGACUCACCGCUUCCAGGGACCAUGCACUGGCAUGUGCACUAUUCUGAUCCAGACCUCGACGGUAUCACUGCAUACAUCGAUCUUUUUGUGGAACCAACUGGAGUCCCAGAUGUCAAUGAGGUGCUCCCCCGAGCAGCAUUCCAGUUGCAUUCACUGCCGAUGACCGUCACGAGCGAGACGCUCUAUUGGAUUCGCACAAGGACAUCUAAUCUUGAUCAUUCACCAGGCACAAGCCCAUUGAUAACACAUUUACCUGGAAGCUAUGAUGCCCCACUCGUUGAAGAGUACAGCUGCCCAGGCCACAACGCUUGUUUGCCGCAGGGACACGUGGAUUCAGAUGGCUUCUUGGAUGGGGGAAUGCCUGAUGGCUUCGCAAAGCUUGAUGUUUGGGAGUGA